AUGCAAAGACAGGAGGAGUUUGUGAUGAUUGUGGUGUUUGGGCUCGAGUACAUCAUUCGAAUCUGGUCUGCUGGUUGUUGUUGCCGGUACAGAGGAUGGCAGGGACGACUUCGCUUCGCAAGGAAGCCGUUCUGUGUUAUAGACAUUAUAGUGCUGAUUGCCUCUGUUGCGGUGGUUUCGGCUGGGAGUCAAAGCAACAUUUUUGCAACAUCUGCACUGCGAAGCUUGCGGUUCUUACAGAUCCUGCGAAUGGUACGCAUGGACCGCCGUGGAGGAACUUGGAAGCUUCUGGGAUCUGUAGUUUAUGCUCACAGCAAGGAAUUGGUCACUGCCUGGUACAUUGGGUUCCUUGUGCUCAUCUUUUCCUCUUUCCUGGUUUAUCUGGUGGAAAAGGAGUUCAAUAAAGACUUUGCCACCUAUGCGGAUGCAUUAUGGUGGGGCACGAUCACUCUCACUACUAUAGGUUAUGGAGAUAAGACUCCUAAAACCUGGACUGGACGAAUGCUAUCUGCUGGGUUCGCCCUGCUUGGGAUCUCUUUCUUCACUCUGCCUGCGGGUAUUUUGGGUUCAGGUUUUGCCCUGAAGGUUCAAGAACAGCACAGACAGAAGCACUUUGAGAAGAGAAGGAACCCUGCUGCCUGCCUCAUACAGUGUGUGUGGCGUAGCUAUGCGGCUGAUGAGAACUCGGUUUCCGUUGCUACCUGGAAACCUCAUUUGAAGGCGUUGCAUACCUGCAGUCCUACAAAGAAGGAUCAAGGAGAGUCAUCUACAAGUGUGAUUUGCGGUUUGACUUUAUUCAGAUGUGAGGCUAACGUUGGUGUUGAUGAGGCUUUUGAUGAGAAAGGGUGUCACUGUGACAUGUCAGCAGAGGACCUGCCGCCCGCGCUGAAGACCGUCAUCAGAGCAGUGAGGAUCAUGAAAUUUCAUGUGGCGAAGAAGAAUUUUAAGGAAACUCUGCGCCCAUAUGAUGUAAAGGAUGUAAUAGAGCAAUAUUCAGCCGGUCAUCUGGACAUGCUCUGCCGAAUUAAAAGUCUGCAAACCAGGGUGGAUCAGAUUCUUGGUAGGGGCCAGAUGCCUAUGGAUAAGAAGGUCAGAGAAAAGCUGUUAUCUGAUGGAGACAUUCUGGAAGACGUGAGCAUGCUUGGAAGGGUGUGUAAGGUAGAAAGACAGGUACAGUCUAUUGAAGCUAAGGUGGACUCCUUGCUGGACAUCUACCGUCAGGUUCUGCAGAAGGGUUCUUCCUCUGCCUUCACUCUCUCCCCUCUUCCUCCUUUUGGGUUAGAGGAGACUUCAGACUAUCCGAGCACCAUCCUCAGUAAGGAUCUCUCUUGCUCCUCCCAGAUCAGCGAGUCCAUCUGUGGUAAUCACCCCAGAGCCCUCCAAUUAAUCUUAGCCCCCAACGAACUCAACCUCAACCAGAACAACUCCACAACAUCAUCUCCUGGGCUCAAUCCGGCCUCUGCCUCACCUUUUAGCCCAUCAACCUUCCAGGUUCCUUCAACCCCAUCCAUGGACUGUCCAUCAGCACAAGGGAGCCCUUCUCAAAUCUUCAGUGCCAACAGUUUUCACUCUUCUGUAGGCCACUUUCCAUGUGUCGGUCAACCAACUCCACCUCUUCCAUCCCAAGCCUCUUCAAAGCUUCAACUUUCUUCUGUUCCUCCACAAGCAGGCCAUGUUCGCAGCAUGGGACCCUCUAGGUCGGACUUCACCGACUACUCCAAAUCCUACUUCAGAGGAGUCGGGAUGGACUUUGGGCUUAACUAUAGUAUUAGCUGCAAGCUUCAACAAAAAAACAGACCCAGUGCUAAAGAGGACAGUUCUUGGAGGAGACAUAUAAGCAUGGAUGCAGAGAUGGACCCUCUUGCUCCAGUCUCUCCUCUUGCCCCGAUUCAAGGCCAAUGCAGUGGGGACAGAGGGCUUGGGAAGUCCCUCUCUGUACAGGACCUCAUGCAGCCUGUUCUGGAAGGUCUCGGUGUGAACACGCAUUCUAGUCAGGCUAGUUUCUCCACCAGCGUUAGCAGCAGCCAGGACUCUUCAGCUGGGGGCAUUGAGAUGGGAGUAGGGGGCUGGGGAGAAGCUGAUCUCUUCAUCAGCGAUAGAGACCUUGAGACCUCAAAUAAGAUACAUACUCAAGGGUUCAACUUUCUCUCCCAGCCCCCCAUUGAUGCAUCCUACUCCUCCGAGCUGCUUAGGACAAGUAAUACGGCUGGUGCUAGUCACAACCUAGCAAGUGGAAAUACGCCCAAUACAGGCAGCAAUGAGACUAUGAACAUGACACAUGUUCGACUCAAAUAACGCAAUCUCUAAUGUGUUACAAACUCUUAGAAACCACCUCUGAUGGAAUGAAACUUUGAUAUGAGAGCUUAUUUUAUUUUGGAUUGAUAUGUAUUUUUAUGAGGGCAACACAAAUUUAGAUCAUUUUUAUACGUGUUCUAUUAGUUUGGUUUAUUUGAAAGAAAUUAUUUCAUAUAGGCCACUGUACUUGACAUAUCAUUGCAUGCAUUGUUCUUUUUCAAAUGUACUGUAACAUUUUUUAAAAAAUCAAAUAGAAUGUGGUAGAUUAAUAAUCAAACUCCUGAAAUUAUCAAAAUCAGAGAUGGCAUGAACUAUUCAUUGGACUGCAUGAACACUGCAUGUCUAAAGACUCAUUACAGAAUGGCUCAUCAACCCAAUAUUUACAACAUGACAAAAAUAGAAAAAUGUGUCAGAACAUAAGACAUGACACACUUUCUGAAUUUAUCAUAUUGUAUUAAAAGGUCAUUUACUUUUCUUAUGUAAAAAAAAAAAGUGCCAGACACGUUGAAGGAAACUGAUGCUGCUGAAAAUUGUACCAUUUUGAAAAAGCAUAUUAAAUGUUGAGAGGAGCACCUCAUAGUUUCCGUA